CAGCAGGGUGGUGCCUCUAGCGGAGGUGAGGCACACGUGUCACACAAAGAGGUUUUUCAGCACCUUUCCCUCAUUGAACUUCUUUUGUGACAAAAGCAAUUAAGAAAAUAUUGACUCUGAUAAUGUAUACAGUAUUCUGGCUGGCAGUAGUUGUCCUUCCAACUUUCUGAAGAGAGGAAGGAGGGCUUUGAGGAUCAUGCGUUUAGGGCUAAAGGAACCACAGAAAUCAUCCGAUCCAAGUCUCUUAUUUUAAAAAUGAGGAAAAUGAGACCCAAAGACAAGAACUGGCAUGUCCAAGGUCAUAAUCUUAAGAAAUGAACUUUAACGUCUGGAAUGUCAAAGAGAUGCUCAGUGUUCCCCCGGGUACAGGGACCAAUAAACCAUCUAAUUGGAAUAACAAUCUUAAUGAUUACUCCAGCCUCACUGAUUCCCAGUUCCUCUUUGGGUCCCAAUUCUGUCCGGAGAAUUCACAAUCACUUUCAGCAUCUUUGGACUUCAAUGCCCACUUGAGACAUGCCAAAACUUUACAACAGAACUCUGAGGAUAGUGAACCUAGUAUUUUCACAAAAUAUCAGGCAAAACCCCAGCUGUUUGGGGGAGAUUCAAAGGAUGGAAAUUUACUUUUUCCUCAUUUACCUAUUGGAAAAUCAAAAGGUGUCUUGGAACAGUUUGAGGAGAAUAAGAAGAAAGCACAAAAUAAACAGGACAGGUAUGCAAACAUACCCAAAGACAGUGAGGCUCUAAACAGCUUCAUUUCCUACGUCAGAGAAGGCAUGCACAGGUUGCAAACAUCAGUGGAAAAGUUGGAAGAAGAACUCAGUGCAAGAAAUCAGUCCAUUUUGGAUUCACUGGAAGCAAUUGCUAAGACAUUGCAAGAGAGUGCCCAAGCCCACUGUGACUCACUGUUAGAUGCUCUACGAGACAGAAACAGAAUGGAGCAGAGAGCCCUGGAGAUGGAGAAGCAACUUGAAACUAGAGAGGCAGAAUUUUUAGAUGUGAAAUCCAGUCUGAAGCAUCUUGAAGUCCUAGCAGCCGAACAGAGCAGACAGCAGCAGAGGCUGUGUGACCAAUUAGAUCAGCUCAACUUCCCCAAAGUCUUAGCUGAAAUGUAUUCACUUGGUUCAGAAGCUCGGUUACCCUUCCAUGUGAGUGAUGGAGGUUCUCAGACCCUUCCAGCUCUAUUCCAGGCCUCCGGUCUCACCAGGAAAGGGAAACCAAUCUCAGAAUCACCAGAUACAGGUGAAACUGUCAUGCUCCUUCCUCACCUGAAUCCCCUCAUAUCAUUAUACCAACAUGAAAAAUAUAGUACUAAGAAGCAAGAAGCUGAAGAUGAAACUCAUAAGCACAAUAGAAACGCGGCUACUUUUUGGCUUGACAAAGAAAAUCGGAGUGUAAAGGAUGAAGCUGUGCAGGCUGAUUUAGAGGCUCAGGCUCCUGCUAAGAGGUUGUCUGAGAACCAUGACUCUAGUAGCAAGAUUUACAGGGAUCACUGCAAAAGAGACUCGAUGGCUCAAGAAACAUCUCCAUUUUCAUCAGUGACUGUGAAGGCCAGGCCCGCAUGUAUCCUGCAAGAUUAUCAGCCCGCAGCUCUGUUUUGUAGUGACACACGCAGUCAGAAUAACGUGCUCGAACAGAAAGGCGGGAGUAUAGAUGUGAGAAAAAGAGCAAAGAGGGAAAAGCCCAGGAAAGUCCGAAGAGGCACAUUCAUAAGAAGGAAGAGUUCAGGCCUUUCAAGAAAUACCUCUACUUUCAGCUCAAGAGUCGGGUAUCCCCAGUCUGCAGCCUCUGGGCAACAAGAUGUGUUUCUGGAUCAAGUGGAGAAGCCCAGGGAACCCUUGCCCUUUCUGUAUCCCUACAAAACUGUAGAGCCUGUAGUGAAAAGAAGAGGAAGGGCAGAGAAGGAGGAAAGGGCAGCUAGCCCCCACAAAGCAGCAAACAGCUUCUUCCUCUGCGAUUACUCUUCUCCCUCUCCAAACAGCACUGAGUGGGAUACGCAGAUGAAGUGGUUCAGUGAUCUCAAUUCUGACAACUCGGGCAGCCCUAGUAUCCUGAAGGCUGAGGAAAGCACAUUUUAUGCCAUUGCUUUUGACAGCAGUGAUGAUGAUGGAGACUAAGCCUUUUUUGGGGCUCCUGACCACCACUCCUUACCAACCGUUUCUGCGGAGGUGGCUGUGAACAAUCACUCUGUUUUCUAGCUGGGAGAGUGAGAAGAAAUGCAUCAUUCUGUGCCUUGUCCUGUGGUCAGAAGAAGACUCUGAAAAACACAUGCCCAAGUGAAGUGCACUUUGGAGCCAUAUCUAAAGAAGUCAGCCUAUUCUCACUCAGACUGCUAGCUAAGGCACCCAAAAAGUUUGGCCAGAACUUUGUGUCUUUUGUGUGAUUAAAACUUCCUUAGAAACAAAACAUUAACUAAAGCCUUGGAAUGACUUGACCAGUACAUCCUUUGUCCUCAUUAUGAUGACGAUGAUUUGGUUUACACAUCGUUGUUUUCAGGAGGAAUGUCAGUUUAUUAUUGAGGGUUUAAUUAGUGUGAGAUGACUUAACAGGAAGAAUAACUUGGUCUGUGAAAUUACAUAUAUUUCCAAUGUUUUACUUAAACAUGACUUCAGUAUUUCUGAGGUUUUAGCUCACAAUUCUGGCUUUUCAUUAGUUCUUCCUGUUAGUAGUUAAUGUUGCCAUAGGAGUUUGCUUUGUACAGUAGAUAAAAUGUCAAGUAUCUAAACAUGCACUGUAUACUGUUGUGAGCCACGGCAAAAUUAAUUGUAUCCAAAGCAUGGAAUUUAAAAACCUUUGACAAAAACAUAAAAAUGGGCAUAUUCUA